AUGGUGCAGUGUAGCAACAACCUUCUCGGAAUCCUAAACCUCUUCACCUUCCUCCUCUCAAUCCCAAUCCUCUCCGCCGGGAUCUGGCUCGGCAAAAAUGCAGCCACCGAGUGCGAGCGUUUCCUCGACAAACCAAUCGUCGUUAUCGGAAUCUUCCUCAUGUUCGUCUCCAUAGCCGGUCUCGUCGGCGCUUGCUGCCGCGUCUCUUGCCUCCUCUGGCUCUACCUUUGCGCCAUGUUCCUCCUCAUACUCCUCGGAUUCUGCUUCACCAUCUUCGCCUUCGCCGUCACCAACCGCGGCGCCGGCGAGGUUUUAUCCGAUAGAGGUUAUAAAGAGUACCGCGUAGGAGAUUACUCAAACUGGUUGCAGAAACGAGUUAGUAAUGCUAAGAAUUGGGAUCGGAUCAAGAGUUGCUUGAUCUACUCCAACGUGUGCUCCAGUUACAGUAGUCGCUAUGCUACCGUUAAUGUUGAAGAAUUCUACAAGACUAAUCUCAAUGCCCUUCAGUCUGGUUGCUGUAAGCCGUCCAAUGAUUGUAACUUCACCUACGUGGGCCCUACUAAUUGGACGAAGACCACUGGUCCUUACACAAACGAGGACUGUAACGUUUGGGACAACAAGCCGGGAACUUUAUGCUACAACUGCGAAGCGUGCAAGGCUGGUCUGCUCGACAACCUCAAGAACUCGUGGAAAAAAGUGGCUAAGGUGAACAUUGUCUUCCUCAUAUUCCUCAUUAUCGUCUACUCCGUUGGUUGUUGCGCCUUCAGGAACAACAGGAAACGCAGCUAUUAUUAG